UUCAUAAAAUCAAAACCGGGAAAAGAAGAGUUAAAUCUGGCAUCGAUAGACCCGAACCGUAGGAUUAAAUAUCACCGGACGUUGAUCCAAUCAAACGGAUGUAAUGGAAGCAACCAUUUAAUUCUUUAUUAAACCAAAGAGAGGUAUAAAAAGGAAAAAACUAAUUCAUUCCAAGAGGCUCUCUCCCUCACACUCUCUCUUUGCAACAAAAGCACAAAACUCUGUUCGAAAAACACAAGCGAAGGAUGAACUCCAAUUCCGAAUCCGAGUGCGCACAAAUCAGUCAAUCUAAACCGUCAAAUGAGAUCUUUUGGAUGGAUGAGAUGAGAUCCAGGCGCGUGACAAUUAAUAUCAACCGUCUAAAAAAACUAUCAUCCAACGGCCCACCUUGACCAUAACCAUCCUCUUCGAAUUUCAGGUAUACAUUUCCCUCCUAAACAUUUUCUCUUACUCUUCACGAUUUUCUCUGAAAAAGCAGUGAAUCGCCAUGGACGCAAUGGAUGCAUCUAGGUUCUGCCGAAUCCUGGAGGCAGCUUCGGUAUUCGAUCUCUGCGACCUAGCGCAACGGCUAAUUCGAGUUGGUGUUCAUCUCCUCGCGAGCGAUCCAGAAGGCCAUCGAGUUCUGGUGCUCUUCUGCAACAGAGCUUAUGAACUCUCACGCGAUGCAGAUCUGAUCUCGAUAUACGAUGAAUUGACAAAAAAUCGUCAAGAAUUGGGACAAAGUCUUCUCAACGAGCUUGGGCUGGAGAGUAUAAUCUUGGUGACUGACUACUCUGGGAACAACAAGCAUUUUGCCGGUUUGAUUCAAGGAGAUCUCUUAGUUAGAUUGAUGAUGACUUCUGUUGAUGUUAAGCCGUUGAUUACUUUCAUUUCAUCAGAGAAAGUUGGUUUCGGAGCUCGUCAGCCUCUUCUAGCUACCAUAUCAAACAACAUUUUGCUUCUAUCAAACCAUGAGAAAGGUUCUAAAAACUUAAGCGGCUUAAUCUCUGUUGCCUGCGAUGAAGAUUUACACUCGUUGUUUGAUGGAUUCACAAGUAAUCUUCAAGAUUUCGGACAGGCUUUACUCAACAAACAAGGGCGUGAGACUAUAUUCUUAGUGACUGACAAGGGUGGGAAGAACCAGCAAUUUGCUGGUUUGAUUCAGGGAGAGCUCUUAAUGAGAUUUUUGAAGAAUGAUGAUGAUGUUAAGCCUCUUAUUUCUUUCAUUACAUCCGAGAAAGUUGGAUUCCAAGCUCGUCAGCCGCUUCUAGCCACCAUCUCAGGCAACAUCAUUUCUCUAUCAAGCCAUUUUAAAGCCUAUAAGAACCUGUGUGACUUGAUCACUGUUUCUUCCAUGGAGUUUAACUUCUCUCUUGUUCAAGCAAUUCAGGAACAUCUUGUGGCUAUCUCUAAGCUCAAAUAUGGGAACCAUGUUGUUCAGAGUCUCAUUUGUCUUCAAAACGAAGCUUCUAAGCUUGCCAUUGCGUCUUUGAAGGGCACUCUGAUGAUUCUUUCCAAAAUUGCAUAUUCUCACUUUGUUGUACAGAGUAUUUUCCGUAACAGCGAUGACAUGACCGUUCUUGAUUGCUUCAAAGAGAUCAACCUUGAAGAAUUGGUGACAAACCCCAAUGGCCACUUUGUUCAUCAAAGCAUCGUAAGGAGGUUUGAAACUCUUGAUAUUGAGCUUUGCAGAAACAUUUGCUCUGAAAUUGUGUCCAGAAAGUUUGAUUUUGAGCUUCAUGAUCCUGGAUACCAAGUGUUCCUUACAUGCAAAAGCGUGCUGCGCAAGAUAGGAAACUGAGCUCUGGAGCUAAAGGGUGAUGACAAGUGUUCAUAAGAUUUGACACGUUGCCAAGUUUGCAUCUUUUUUUUCCGCAUAUAUUCCAUUCCGUUUGUUAAUACAUUACUCUGUCACGGUACAUUUGUGUCACAACGUUGAAAGGCUUGUUAAACGUAUGGUACACACACUUAACUUUCAAUUUGAAGCUGUUGUAUUUGCUGUCUAA